GCGUCGCACGCGAGCGCGGCCUGCUAAAGAAGGGAGGAGGAGGGAGAGAUCCAAGACAUCGUUACCCCGUCAACACCCAAUGGAGAGCAGGCUUGACCCCGCCCCCUCUCCUCAUGUUAUUGGCUGGGAGGCCCCCAGAUGGGCGGGGUUGGCCGUGGGGUUGGGGAGGGCAGGGGGCGGAGAGGAGGAGGAAGGCGCUGGCGGGCAGUGAUGGCGGCGGGUGAUGGGGACGUGAAGCUAGGCACCCUGGGGAGUGGCAGUGAGAGCAGCAGCGACGGCAGCAGCGAGAGCCCCAGCGGCGCGGGAGCGGCAACAGAAGGGGGCGGCUGGGCGGCAGCAGCGUUGGCGCUUUUGACGGGGGGCGGGGAGAUGCUGCUGAACGUGGCGCUGGUGGCGCUGGUGCUGCUGGGGGCCUACCGGCUGUGGGUGCGCUGGGGGCGGCGGGGUCUGGGCGCCGGGGCCGGAGCGGGCGAGGAGAGUCCCGCUGCCUCACUGCCUCGCAUGAAGAAGCGGGACUUCAGCUUGGAGCAGCUGCGCCAGUACGACGGGUCCCGCACCCCGCGCAUCCUGCUCGCGGUCAAUGGGAAAGUCUUCGACGUGACCAAAGGCAGCAAGUUCUACGGCCCGGCCGGUCCAUAUGGAAUAUUUGCUGGUAGGGAUGCCUCCAGAGGACUGGCGACAUUUUGCCUAGAUAAAGAUGCACUUAAAGAUGAAUAUGAUGAUCUCUCAGACUUGAAUGCUGUACAAAUGGAGAGUGUUCGAGAAUGGGAAAUGCAGUUUAAAGAAAAAUAUGAUUAUGUAGGCAGACUCCUAAAACCAGGGGAAGAACCAUCAGAAUAUACAGAUGAAGAAGAUACCAAGGAUCACAAUAAACAGGAUUGAACUUUGUAAACAACCAAAGUCAGGGGCCUUCAGAACUGCAAUUCUUGUUACUCCCUUUCACAGAAUGUCCAGCAUCUUUGGGUUUGGUUCACCUGCUGCAAAAAACAUUCAACAGAUUGUAUACAAGCUAAAUGAGUCUCACUAUGAAGAUUUGAAUACUAGACAUUAUUUAUGCUGCCAAACUCAUUUAUUGCAGUUGUUUGUAAUGUCUGGUGGGGCUUCGUCAUCCUGAAAAGGAGGAAACAGGGACUUUUUUAAAGAGUAAGAAAGUCACAAGGUUACUUUUUCCUUCCUUCCUUCCUCUCUCCCUCCUACCCUCCUUCCCUCCCUUCCUUCCUCCUUUUUUUUUUUUUAAAUCAAAAAACAACCAGAUAUGUAUUUGCUACUUAAGUGUACAAAUCUCACAAACAGCAAGGGAUUCAUGUGCUGUGUUCUUGUUUUAGCUUUGAGGGAAGAGACUUGGGCAGGAGAGGUUGGGGGUGCACAUCAAUUUGAGUAGUUUAGGUUACUGAAACAUUAAAAUGUGAGUUCCCAAAUUUUUUGGGUUUUGUCAGGGAAAAGAAAAAUACCUUUAUUGCUAAGAAAUUAAGAGAAGGGAUUUCAAGUGGAUUUAAGUCAAAGCUAAUUCCCCAAUAGUAAGAUCAUUUGAAACUAGUUUUUAUCCCUUCCCUUCCCCUAGAUCAAAUCAAUAUUAAUUGUGCCUUAUUUCACUUACAUAGACUUGAAUUAUUUUAGGGAAAGCCCCUAUGUGAAUUCAGAAGUCACUACAAGCAGCAUUGAGACCGAAGUUGGGAUAUUCUGUUGACUGCAAAACCUUGAAGUCAUUCUGUGUAUAUAGAAUGUAAAAGGAAUAUUCAGUGUUACUGCCACAUAUGUUAAUAUACACAAUCUUAAUUAGCAUUGUAAUGGCCAAAUGCAUUCCCUCAUGCUUUUUCUCUUUUAAAAAAAAUUGAAAAACAGAUCAACUCUGUCCCCCAACAGCUGCCUAAUUUUAGGAGUCUGACCCUCACAUCUCAUUGGUGUGGGUGCAUGGGGCCGUAGUAUGGAUGUUGUAUGGGUGUGUCUGAAUGUGUGUGAGAGCGCCUUGGAAGGGACUCUGCAGAUACUGUAAAUACCAGUACCGUUUUAAUAAAGCAUGUACAAUAAACCAAAAUAAGCUUGAGUUGGACUUUAUAUACAAACUGUAAGCCAGUGCAUUAUGAUAUGGUAGUCAGGAUUGUGCAUUUGAUUCAAGAUAAGGAAAAAUCUUGGAAAUGAAAAGCAGGCACUGGUUAAACAAGUUGUACACAUUGUACCACAUUCACUGUAACUUUAGGAAGAAAUUCCACUUUGUGGAACAUUCUCAAGAGAUCUGAGAUUAUUCAGGUAAGAAUUGAUAUAUAAAAAUGUACAUAUUUUUACUUUAUAUUUUGAUGCCAACUGAUUAUACUAGAAGUAAUAGCACCAGGUGGUAGUUACUGAACACAGAAUAAUAAAGGAUAUUCUACUGAUAGGUACUGAAUCCUUCUAUUAUUCGUUUGUAAAAGCCCUAUAUGUCGGUUACUUGAUUUCAUCAGGACUACUAGGUUCUUGGUUGGAGACAAGUUACACCAAAAAAGAUAAUUUUAUAAACAAGUCACCAGUUAAAGAAAAGAUUUAUUCUGCUUUAUGAGUAUAAUAUAUGCAGAAGCCAUCAAAGAAAGGGGAAAUGUAAACUGCAAUAAUAAGCUAAAGUAUGUAAAAUACUACGUUCUAUUAUAUUCGGUCUUGGAAUGUUUUGUAGAAAAUGAUGAACAUCAGCCAGAUCUUUGCUGAAGACUGGUUGUAAAAACUGAGGAGUAUUGGUAAAUGCUUUGUGUGUUUUUAUGUAAAAUAUUUUCUAAACAAAUUUGUUAAAGUACAGUCCUCUGUAGUAAACAUAUAAAUAUAUAUAUAUAUGAAUCAUUUGAGCCUAAAGUUCAGAAAUAAAUCUACACUUGUGAAUAGAGAAACCCUAAAUAUCCAUGCAGUAAAAAUUAUGCAGUCUGUUAAGAAAAUUGAGUAAUUUUGUGUUUUGGACUUGAAAUAAACCGUGUUCUACAGACAA